AUGUUUUCGAAGUUUAAGCUGAAGAGAGCGCCACUAUCGCUCAGCUCGGUAUCAAAUAUUAUCAAAACUUCAGGAAUCUCAAACCUUUCCCCGGAAUCGUUAAACGCUAAGACUUUAAACGUAUCAAUUAACGAACAGUUUGGGCUUCCCAAAAAUUCAAUUACAGCGGUUGCGUAUGAUCCAACCCAAUCGUUAUUGGCGGUAGCAACUACGAAUAAUGAUGUGAGGGUAUAUGGGCAAAAAUCGGUAGAGGUUGUGUUUGAAUUCAACACUUCGAGUCCUAUGACGGAGCUUCGAUUUAUCAAGGGUAUUUACUUAGUUGGAAUUCUGCCAGGGGGAAAUGGAAUUACGGUAUUAUCGUUACAUUCCAAGACUAUUUUAGGAACAUUUCUGCCGGGGACAAUCACAUCAAUUGAUCUGGACCCAUCACUUGAUUUCUUAAUUGUAGGGUUAUCAAAUGGGGCUGUAAUGUUCUACGAUGUUGAUAGAUUAGCAAAUACACCAUUUAGGAUUGAUAAUUUGCAGAAAAAAUUGUUACCGAAACAAAAAAUGUCACCGGUGCUAGGAAUCGAAUGGCACCCUAGAGAUAUAGGUACAAUAUUAAUUGCCUAUUCGCACUGUGCAAUCAUAUAUUCUUUGACGGCAGGGGAAAUUAAGAGUUCGUUGGUUUAUCAGAUAUCUAGAGAGGCUAAAGGGUUCGCCCACUCCUUGAAUAUUGCAAAUGGAGGGAAAAAGAAAAUAUUUGGCUCAUCAAAAGAGGUUAUAGUUCCACUUCUUGAGGCCCAUUUCCACCCAAAUGGGUUACAUGUAGUCACGGUGCACAAGGAUAACACCUUAGCCUUUUGGGAUGGUAAUGAUGGUACGUUAUUAGAAGCCAGAAAUCUUUUUGAAACUAAUUUACACAGGCCCGGAGAACCAAUCGAAACUCCUUUAAAUUUUGCUCCAAUUGAAAAUGUCAGAUGGGUUUGUUCUCAAGAUCCAGAAUUGACCCAAUUGAUUAUAUGUGGUGGUGAUUCGCAUCAGGGGAAUUUGAUACAUAUUUUGGAUUUUGGUUAUACAUUGAAGUAUUCGUUAACGUCGCACGAGAAACAAGGUCAAUUUUACGCUCAACCAAGCUCAGGUCAAAGAAUCAUUCCUAUUACUUUAAAUAGCAAUGCUGACGAACAACCGGAGUAUAUUUCUAGGAUUUUGCCUGUGCCAAUUGAUAGUCUGCCCUACUUUGGCGGGAACCAUAAUCCUUCUUACUUGAUCUUAUUAAGUAACAAUGGAUCUCUUUAUAUUACAGAAUAUUCCAAUUCUGGAGAACCUCCCUCUGAUAUGAGCGGAUUGAUUUUGCCGUUAUCUAUUUCAUUAAUUCAACCACCGGUCAUAGAUGCAAGCAUUAUUACUGUGAAGAGGAUUGAUUGGUAUAGUAUUUUGAGCAACAAGGCUUCAUCUGGUGGUGGUGCCAGUAAUUUCCUGUUGCUAAAGGGAGGAGCUCCUGUCAGUCAAAGGAACGCCCCAAGACCUACUGGUUAUGAUGAUAACUCUCGUAAUAUUUUGAUAACCGGUCAUGAAGGUGGGAUAAUAAGAUUGAAAGAUAUAUCCAAGGGGGAAUACCAAGAAGAUAAUUUAAUACAGAUCAGUUUGAGAGAUACGUUAUAUGAUAAUGGCGAUCCUAAUUGUAUAGAUAUUGUUUCUGUUUCGCUUGGGUUACAGAAUAAGGAGAUGGCAGUAGGUAUGGGAAAUGGUGAUGUGGUGAUUUGUAAAUUUGGAAAAGUCAAUAUUCCUCCUAAUAAAGGAAGUAGCAGUGGUAUUGAUUAUCAUAACUGUCAGGUGCAACAUAGUAAUUCUGAUGCAAAAAUUUAUAAUAUAAAGGAUCGUGUGGUUGGUACGUUCGCCAGGUCUAGUAACUUCUUGCCUGUAUCUUUACUUAAGUUAGAUAAUCAAGACCAAAUAUCAUGUUUAAAGAUGAGCAAUAUUGGAUUUGCCGCAAUCGGGUAUAAAUCUGGUAAAAUGGUAGUCUGUGAUAUAUCUCGUGGGCCUGCAAUUAUUUACAACAUUGAUUCAAUUAAGAAACACUUAAUAACAACAGAAAGUAAUUGCUACAUUACCACUAUGGAGUUUGCCAUCAUGGAAUAUGGCCAAGAUGGAUAUUCCUCUGUAAUCCUAUUAUGUGGUACCAACGGUGGAGGAAAUUUAAUGGUAUUUAAGAUUAUUCCACAAGGAAACGGUGGUUUUGAAGUUGUUUUCAUGAAUAAGACCACUAAUCUUAAUUACAGAGUUCUCGGAGGUGAAGAUGCAGCUGAUUCAAAGCUUGACAAGCUUAUUCCUAUAAACUCCUCCAAUGGCGAAAGUGCUGUGGCUAAUAUGGAGAUGUUCCAAAAGCUUAGCCAUGGUAUAGUUAUACCAGGAAUGAUUAUUACAACGUCCAAUAGAGAUAUCAGAGUAUUGCAAUUGCCUAAAACAAAAUUAUCACACAAGGUCGUCGACGAAUCUUGCCUUGCCUGCGGUGUUAUCAAGGUUAAAGAUAAGGGAAUUGUUCUAGCAUCUCUUGUAAAGCUGGGUUUCAUUAAAUUUUCUUCAAUUCCAUCAUUGAAUGAUAUUGCAGACGUUAAAAUCCCCAAGGAGAUCUAUAAUAAGCUUAAAAAUGCUUUAGAAUCACCAAUAUCUUCGCAAUCUGACAUCUUGAUUACAGGGGAAAUGUUCGUCCGACUUGGUCCUACUGAGGGAAUAAACCUCUCUGCGUAUAUUUCCGAGUCGAAAGAGAAGAAACUGAAGGAACCCCACGCUACAGACUUAUUGUUUAAUGAAAACGCUAUAAUACCCCCCAGACCUGCAGCCGGAGCCAUACAAUGGGCUAAGGGGCAAACAAGGUAUAUUAGUAACGAGGACUUAAUCGGGUUGAUUGCAGGGCCUAAUAGACGAUCCACCAAAAACAUCGAAAGUGAGUUAGCUCACAAUAUUAGCCCCGAGGCGAAUCCAAAUGCUGGGUAUGGGUUUCAGGGGUAUCUGAGUGAUAAACCGGAAAAGGACUACAAAGACCCCGUCCGUAGGGCAACAGGCCCAGGGUACGGAUAUGGGAUGGGUGCCGGGGGACUCAUGAAAAACUUGCAAUCCGGAGUCGAAUCGAUGGAAGAAACCAUGAACGGCUAUGCCAACAACAUGAGUGAAACCAUGAACGACUCGCUCGCGAGCCUGAAAAAGACUGUAUUCAAUGCAGCCAUCAAGAACAAACUUGGGUUCUAG